CACAUAGAGAAAAGUUAUACAUCUCAAGAAAAACAAAGUUGAGAGAAUUUCAGUGCUUUAACUUUGACUAAAAUGGCCAAAAUUUGGCCAUGCCUUGCUUAUGCAUUGGCAUUGUGCUUGUUGAUCAUCAACAAUGUAGCUGCUAAUGAUGAUGAGUUUUACAAUGCUCCACAACCAUAUUAUGGGAAGAAACCGGAAGUACCUUCAAGAGCACCACCAUACAUUUACAAGCCACCUCCUCAUCCAUAUCAAUCAUCAUCACCUGGUUAUACUUAUAAGUCUCCACCACCACCAUCUCCCUUACCUUCACCUCCUUAUGUUUAUAAGUCACCACCACCACCCUAUGUCUACAAGUUCCCACCUCCACCAUCACCUUCACCACCACCUCCUUACAUCUACAAGUCGCCUCCUCCACUAUCUCCCAAACUACCUCCUCCUUAUAUCUACAAAUCCCCACCUCCACCAUCUCCUUCACCUCCCCCACCAUAUGUCUACAAGUCUCCACCUCCACCAUCUCCUUCACCACCUCCUCCUUACAUUUAUAAAUCACCACCUCCACCAUCACCUUCACCACCACCUCCUUACAUCUACAAGUCCUCUCCUCCACCAUCUCCCAAACCACCUCCUCCUUAUAUCUACAAAUCCCCACCUCCACCAUCUCCCAAACCACCUCCUCCUUAUAUCUACAAAUCCCCACCUCCACAAUCUCCUUCACCUCCCCCACCAUAUUUCUACAAGUCCCCACCUCCACCAUCUCCUUCACCACCUCCCCCUUACAUCUAUAAGUCCCCACCUCCACCAUCUCCCUCACCACCUCCUCCUUACAUUUAUAAGUCUCCACCACCACCAUCUCAUUCACCUUCUCCACCAUAUAUUUACAAGUCUCCACCUCCACCAUCUCCUUCACCUCCUCCACCAUAUGUUUAUAAGUCUCCACCUCCACCAUCUCCCUCACCUCCUCCACAAUAUAUUUACAAGUCUCCACCUCCACCGUCUCCGUCACCACCUUCUUCUUAUGUUUACAAGUCCCCACCUCCACCGUCUCCCUCACCUCCCCCACCCUACGUCUAUAAGUCCCCACCUCCACCAUCUCCCUCACCUCCCCCACCAUAUGUCUACAAGUCCCCACCUCCACCAUCUCCGUCACCACCUCCUCCUUAUGUCUACAAGCCCCCACCUCCACCGUCUCCCUCACCUCCUCCACUUUAUGUCUACAAGUCCCCACCUCCACCAUCUCCCUCACCACCUCCUCCCUACAUCUACAAGUCACCUCCACUACCAUCUCCGUCACCAUCUCCUCCUUAUGUCUACAAGUCCCCACCUCCACCGUCUUCCUCACCUCCUCCACCUUAUGUCUACAAGUCCCCACCUCCACCAUCUCCCUCACCACCUCCUCCCUACAUCUACAAGUCACCUCCACCACCAUCUCCCUCACUUCUUCCUCCUUACAUCUACAAAUCUCCACCUCUACCAUCUUCUUCACCUCCCCCACUAUAUGUCUAUAAGUCCCCACCUCCACCAUCUCCUUCACCACCUCCCCCCUACAUCUACAAGUCCCCACCUCCACCAUCUCCCUCACCACCUCCUCCUUACAUUUAUAAGUCUCCACCACCACCAUCUCCUUCGCCUCCUCCACCAUAUGUUUACAAGUCUCCACCUCCACCAUCUCCUUCACCUCCUCCACCAUAUGUUUACAAGUCUCCACCCCCACCAUCUCAUUCACCUCCUCCACUAUAUGUUUACAAGUCUCCACCCCCACCAUCUCAUUCACCUCCUCCAUCAUAUGUCUACAAGUCUCCACCUCCACCAUCUCUUUCGCCUCCUCCACCAUCACCCUCACCUCCCCCUCCUUACAUUUACAAAUCCCCACCUCCACCAUCUCCCUCACCACUACCUCCUUACAUCUACAAGUCUCCACCUCCACCACCAUAUGUCUACAAGUCCCCACCUCCUCCAUCUCCUUCACCUCCCCCACCUUAUGUCUACAAGUCCCCACCUCCACCAUCUCCAUCACCACCUCCUCCUUAUGUCUACAAGUCUCUACCUCCACCGUCUCCCUCACCUCCCCUACCCUACGUCUAUAAGUCCCCACCUCCACCAUCUCCCUCACCUCCCCCAACAUAUGUCUACAAGUCCACACCUCCGCCAUCUCUCUCACCGCCUCCACCCUAUGUGUACAAGUCCCCACCUCCGCCAUCUCCCUCACCACCUCCACCCUAUGUCUACAAGUCCCCAUCUCCACCGUCUCCCUCACCUCCCCCACCCUACGUCUAUAAGUCCCCACCUCCACCAUCUCCUUCACCUCCUCCACCUUAUAUCUACAAGUCACCGCCUCCACCAUCUCCCUCACCACCUCCUCCUUACAUCUACAAGUCACCACCUCCACCAUCUCCCUCACCUCCUCCUCCUUACAUCUACAAGUCCCCACCUCCACCAUCUCCAUCACCACCUCUACCACAUGUCUACAAGUCUCCACCUCCACCAUCUCCCUCACCACCUCCACCAUAUGUCUACAAGUCCCUACCUCCACCAUCUCCCUCACCACCUCCACCAUAUGUCUACAAGUCCCCACCUCCACCAUCUCCAUCACCUCCUCCUCCUUACAUUUACUACUUUAUGGUUUUUGAGGAAGUCCUUUAUUUGUUUGGCAUAGAAGUGAAACUUAGUGCAGUUUUAAGAGCCUUGUUCCCCAAAAUGGCCAAGGUUUGGCCACAUUUAGCCUAUGCCUUGGCAUUGUGCUUGAUAAUCAAUAUUGCAGCUACUGAGGAUGAGCCUACUUACGAUGCACCACCUCCAUACUAUUAUAUAUCACCUCAACCUUCACCAUACAUUUACGAGCCACCAUUGCUUCCGCCAUAUGAGUAUAAGUCGUCACCUCCACCUCCAUAUACGUACAAGUCACCACCUCCACCUCCAUAUAUGUACAAGUCACCACCACCUCCUCCAUAUAAGUAUAAGUCUCCGCCUCCACCCCCAUACAUGUACAAGUCGCCACCACCACCUCCAUACAAGUAUGAGUCGCCACCACCUCCUCCAUACAAGUAUGAGUCACCACCUCCGCCUCCAUAUGUGUACAAAUCACCACCUCCGCCUCCAUAUGUGUACAAAUCACCACCACCUCCUCCAUAUGUGUACAAGUCACCACCUCCUCCUCCAUACAAGUAUGAGUCACCACCACCUCCUCCAUACAAGUACAAGUCACCACCUCCACCCCCAUAUGUGUACAAGUCACCACCACCACCUCCUCCAUACAAGUAUGAGUCACCACCUCCGCCUCCUUAUGUGUACAAAUCACCACCACCUCCUCCAUACAAGUAUGAGUCACCACCUCCACCUCCAUACAAGUAUGAGUCUCCACCUCCACCCCCAUACGUGUACAAGUCACCACCACCUCCUCCAUACAAGUACAAGUCACCAUCACCUCCUCCAUACAAGUAUAAGUCUCCACCUCCACCCCCAUACGUGUACAAGUCACCACCACCUCCUCCAUACAAGUACAAGUCACCACCACCUCCUCCAUACAAGUACAAGUCACCACCACCUCCUCCAUACAAGUAUGAGUCACCACCUCCACCUCCAUACAAGUAUAAGUCUCCGCCUCCACCCCCAUAUGUGUACAAGUCACCACCACCUCCUCCAUACAAGUACAAGUCACCACCACCUCCUCCAUACAAGUAUGAGUCACCACCUCCACCUCCAUACAAGUAUAAGUCUCCGCCUCCACCUCCAUACGUGUACAAGUCACCACCACCACCUCCAUACAAGUAUGAGUCACCACCUCCGCCUCCUUAUGCGUACAAAUCACCACCACCUCCUCCAUACAAGUAUGAGUCUCCGCCUCCACCCCCAUACGUGUACAAGUCACCACCACCUCCUCCAUACAAGUACAAGUCACCACCUCCACCCCCAUAUGUGUACAAGUCACCACCUCCACCUCCAUAUAUGUACAAGUCACCACCACCUCCUCUAUACAAGUAUGAAUCUCCACCCCCAUAUGUGUAUAAGUCACCACCACCUCCAUCAUAUUACAAGUAAACUCCACAGAUCUUUAUUUUCAUAUAAAGACCCAUUAUUCCUCUAUCUCUUUUAUUUUCCCCUCAUUACAUUAACAAGUCUCCAGGUCUUCCACUAUCUUCAAUUACAUCGUAAAUUUCUAAGUCUCCUCCCCCAUUAUUUUC